CAAAACACCACCGUUGAACACUGAAAUUUGUCUUCCCUGUCACAAUCCUUUCCCUUUUCUUCUCCAACGCAACACCUACCUCACCUUACCCGGACGGUUUAUCUACCUACAUUAUAUCUGGUCCGGUGCCGCUGUUAUUCCCCUCCAUUUUUCUAUAUUUUAUCAUUUCCCGUAAAAAGCUUCGUAUUUCCUUCUUCUAGAUAUCUUAGACUUUUUCAUUUCUCCAAUCGCAUCUCCUUCCCUUCCCUUCGCUGAGCUGAAUCUCUUCUCUCUUGAUUCCCUCUCAGUCUAAGUUCUGUUCCGAAUCGAUAAGCUCUUGAGCUCCGUCGGCGGCUCUCUUCCGCUUUCCGGAAUUCUCCUCGGGUCAUUCAUUCGAUUCAUUUCGUUUACGGUUUUAGUUGAGCAGGAUCGUUGGAGCUUUUCUGUUCUCUCUGCUUUUGCUCGCUCGCCAGGUGUGGUGGCCGAAUAGCAAGAGAUUUUGAGGUUGCUUUUAUGGUAGCUGUAUGCUGGUGGUAGUAGAGUAUGACUGAAAGCUAUAGCAAUGCAAGUGCGAGCUCAACGUCAAGUUAUAAUAGCAGUGUUCCGGAUACAGAGGACGAUCAGGUUAUUGCGAGCAUCCUAGCUGAAGAAGAAAAGGCUAAUGCUGGCAGACAGCUUGGAAAGAGACUCUCUCAUUUGGAUUCCAUACCUCACACUCCCCGGGUUAAUGGUCAGAUUCCAGACGUGAAUGAUGCAACCUUAGAUCAUGUUCGGCUGUCUGGAAGAUUGAAUACCUAUGGAUUAGCAGAACUGCAGAUGGAGGGUGAUGGGAAUUGCCAGUUUCGGGCAUUAGCAGACCAGCUAUUUCGCAGUCCAGAUUAUCAUAAGCAUGUUAGGAAGCAAGUUGUUAAGCAGCUAAAGCAGUUCAGAAAAAUGUAUGAAAGCUAUGUCCCAAUGAAGUACAGAAGCUAUGUAAACAAGAUGAAAAAAUCAGGGGAGUGGGGUGAUCAUGUUACUCUACAAGCUGCUGCGGAUAGAUUUGAAGCCAAAAUUUGCCUAGUUACAUCUUUCCGUGACACUUGCUAUAUCGAGAUCAGGCCCAAAGACAAGCCUCCUGGAAGAGAGAUCUGGCUAAGCUUUUGGAGUGAAGUCCAUUACAACUCACUGUACGCAAUCGGAGGUAAUCAACGAGUCCAAAUAACAAAACAAUCCACUGAGACAUUAAAGUUUCAGUUAGCAUGUGUUUUUGAGCUUUCAUAACUUAUGUCAUCCGAUGGUAUUCAUUUCCGAACCAUUUCAUAUUAUCAUAGCAUACAUGCCUCAUUUCAUUUUCUACCCACUGCACAUUUGCAAUCUCUGCAAUUUGUGCCUCGUUUGGUACCUCCAUAUCCAUAGAAACAGAUUCCAGUAUACUUUUCAUGGCCGGAGAAAUCGACUGUACAAACUUUGUUACACUGUAAUAACUUAUAUGAAUAUUUGUAUACAGAAACAGAUGAUGAUCAAUUUGUUUCAUUCGAAAUCAUAAAGCUCUCUCUAUCUUCAAAUAGGCAGCAGUACAUUUUACGUGGCGCUAUGCCACUUCCUGCCUGGAGGCACUUCUACUGACAGCAUUAUCCAUAGCUUCUGUUGUGAUAACUUUCCCCGAGAACCGCCAUUAGCAGUAGGCUAUGCUGUUUCAGUGUCUUGACAUGGUCUGCUGCCAUAUCCCUGUGAUCGAACUGUUCCAUUCUUGUGACGAGAAGAAAUGUGAUCGGCUCAUUUACUCCCCAUGCUCCUUAACAAACCUAGGGUUGCAGUGUUGCUGAAAAUCGGUCUUCCUCGAGAGCUAUGGUGUGAGAGUGACUCCAAUGCCUAAUCAAGCCUAAGUAGAUGACAAAAAGUUCCUUAAACGAAAAACUUAAUGCAAGAUCAAGAAUCUUGGCUAUAGGCUAGAGUACCUUCUUGCAUCUCCAAGCUUCGAUAGAUAACACUGUGAACUUCAGUCCUCAAUCACUGAAGAAUUUGUUUGACCUCAUUCCGAAAUUUGAUUCACAAAUUCAGCACUAACCUCCAAUUCACCGACUCCAACUGGUGCGAGACAACUAGUGUUUCUAGUGUCCUGUAAAUCUCCUCUGUUCUAGGAUGUGUCUUAUCGAUUGAGUAGAACUGAUACAACUCAUUCUCAACCUCGAUCCAGCUGCAACCUGGUGUCUUAUACGCCUUGCUCUGCUUCAACACUUUCCUCACCCUACGGGCAUCUUCCCACCUCCCUAACUCGCCAUAUAGAUUUGCCAGCAUUAUCCUAUAGCUUCCAUUUCUGGGGUCAAUCUCCAUUAGCUUUUUAAUGGCCAAUUCAGCCAAAUCAGUAUGGCCGUGGACUCUGCAUCCAUUAAGCAAAGACCCCCAAACAACCUCAUCGGGCUCAAUCUUCAUUCCCCGUACCACUUCCAUUGCUUCUUCAAGCCUCCCAGCACGACCAAGGAUAUCUAUCAGACACCCAUAGUGCUCGAUCUGAGGCUCAAGCAUGUAAUGAUCGGUCAUCAUAUUGAAAUAGAACCGGCCCUUUUCGAUAAGCCCUGCAUGAGUGCAAGCAUUCAAUAGGCCGACGAACGUCACCUCAUCAGGCGUCACAUGCUCCCAGUACUGCAACAUCUCAUCAAAGAUACUAAUCGCUCCAUCCGUCCUACCAUGGAGGGCAAAAGAAUUGAUCAUCGAGUUCCAUGCCGACAAGCUUCUCUUUGAAGUCAUAUCAAACACCAUUCUCGCAUCAUCUAAGCUCCCACACUUCCCGUACAUAUCAAUCAGAGCAUUCGCCGCGAAUUUGUCAGCAAAAAAACCCUGCCUGUAAACAAAGCCAUGCAUCGACUUACCCGGCUGGAGCAUUCCUGUGUGCCCACAAGCAGAGAGCGCACAUACUACAGUAACCUGAUUUGGCCUGAGUCGAUGGUCAAUCAUCCUUCGAAAGUACGAAAUCGCCUCGGGAAACAGCCCGUUCUGCGUGCAACCAGCAAUGACAGCAUUCCAAGAGGGAACAUCUCUCUCAGGCAUCUCCUCGAACAGCGAAAACGCAUCACCCAUCUCGCCAAGCCUCACCAGCCCAGAGAUCAUAGCAGUCCAUGAAACAACAUUCUUCUCAGAGAUUUCGUCGAACACCUUCCGCGCAAUCCCAAUAUCCGACCCCCCAGACCUCGAAUACGAGCCCACAAGCGCCGUCUGGACAACUGGGUAGUUCCCAAACCCGGACUUCUCUAUCUGGGUAUGCACCAUUUUCGUUGUUUGGCACGAUUUCAAGACGUGCGGGAAGAUGAACUGGUUGGGCUUAGGCGGGCGCUGGCGACGAACCAUGUCGCGGAAGAGCGCGAAGGACGAGCUGUGGUCGGAAGCCG